UUAUUUUUUUCCUUUUACAGAUCUAAUAUAAAGUGAAGAACAACUAAAGCACCAUUCACUGGUGGGUGCUAUUGUGUUAGGCACCAAAAGUUUUUGGUUUUUUUUUUUUUUGCUUUCUCCCAGGUACUCCUUUUAGUAAAAAAAAUCCACUGGUGCAGUGCUACUGUUUUACUUUCUCUUGCCUAAAUUGGGGGACACAGGCACCAUAGGGGAUGAAGAUCCUGCAGCUGGAGAUGGACACUAUGUUGCAAAAUAUGACUCCUCCUCCUGCCCUGGGCUUCAUCCCCUGCCUCCUCCUAUUACCCUCAGUUUCUUUUAGUGUCCUCAGAAGGAGAAGACACGGAUUUCUUGUGGCUGGAGCACGGAUCAGGGCCCCAGGCCUAAGAUCUUGCCACAUUCAGGGGCCACUGAAUUAUUCAAGAGCCUCUCCAGCUGCACCCUAUAUGCCCUUUAGCCUUCCCGCUCUCCGGAGGUCUGCAGGCUUGCUCCUCACCCCUGCGCUGUCUUCCCGCUCUACGGAGGUCUGCAGCAGCGGUAUACACUCAUCUGAGUGUAUACUAGCACACAUAUAUAUACAUAUAUAUAUAUACUACAUCUGUGCAUGUGUGUAUAUAUAUAUAUAUAUAUAUAUUUUUCUGUGUGCUUAUCUUCACAGGGGUCAACCUACACAGGGCACAACUGAGCUGGCGUUCUACUAGAACCCCUCUGGAGCGCGUCUGCCUGUCACUGCAGUACAUAUUGUAUCUGCCUUCUCCCUUCUGUGUCUAGCCUGCCCUUGCUACACUUCAGUUCUCAUUCCAGGCAAGUCCCACAUUUAUUCUUUGCCCACGGGCAGUAUUAAUGCUGUUUACUACUCUGUGCAGGUAUGCCCUUGUAUGCUGUGGGAGUAUGGGACCCAUGAGUCGCUUCAUAUCUCUCCUUUUCUCCCUGCAGGCCACCCCAUUUGUAUUGCCUAGCCUUUUACCCCUGCCUCAUAAAAAAAUAAAUAAAUAAAUAAAUUUAAAUAAAUGAUUUUAAAAGGGGAUCCUAUUGGGGAAUCUAUCCUCCCUGCCAUUCUACCGUGAAGGAGCAAUAUGGCUAACAAGGCAGAAGAGCCCAGGACCAACAAGUCCUCAGCUCAAUCCCACCCACAGGUUUCUUUUUUUAGCCUUCUCAAUUGUAAAACAAAAUUUAAUUCAGCCUCGGCUGAUUCACUGCGUGGGGCCUGCAGCAAACCUGACUCACUGCCGCCUACUCCGGCAGCUAACUCUGACUCUGAUCUACUUAGGGCAUUAUCCCUCUCACUUGCAGGCAUUCAACAUCUGGCCCGCAUACCCGAGACCUUAGACAAGGUUCUUGAGCGUUUAUCUCAACCUUCUCACGUUGACUCCCGACCAGGGACCUCAAAACGUCAUGCCCUAUCUCCUACAGACUCUCCUGAGGAUGGUCCCUCUGAUGAGGAAGGUCUGGUCAUUUCCGCGGGAAGACUCUGAUCAGGACCACCCUGAUCUAGACAUAGACGCCCCCAGAACCCAAGGGGAGGUGGAGGGCCUCAUUCAAGCUGUACUAAACACCCUAAACAUUGAGGACUCUACUGCCUCUAUUGAACCUUCUAAGAACAUCUUUAAAAGGCACAAGAAGAGCUUAUGUUUGUUCCCAGCAUACGAACAGCUCGACGAAAUUAUCUAAUCCCAAUGGAAAAAACCCUGAUCACAGGGUACAGCUCUCCAAACGCUUCACCCAGACUUAUCCAUUCCCGAAGGAGUGCAUUGACCUCUGGUCUUCUCCUCCCGCAGUAGAUCCUUCGGUCUCCGGGCUGUCAAGGAAUACCACCAUUCCGGUCGCCGACACGGCCGCAUUUAAAGACCCCAUCGACAAGCGUCUCGAAGGUCAAAUCUGCCUUCACUGCUUCCGGUUCCGCCUUUCGUCCUAUAUUUGCAAUAGCCUGGGUGGCGAAGGCCAUGGAGGUCUGGGUCGAACAAGUGGCACAGCUCAUCGGAUCUGAAGAACCUACUACCGACAACUUGCUCUCCCAAAUCGCUGACGCCACUACUUACAUUGGAGACGCAGCUCUUGACGCAGCACGGAUGGUUGCUCAACCUUCCGCUCAGUCCGUAGCAGCUCGCAGAUUUCUGUGGUUAAAAUCUUGGUCCGCUGACCUGACAUCUAAACGUUCCCUAGUCAGCAUACCCUUCCAAGGAAAACUACUCUUCGGGGCUGAACUGGACAAGAUCAUUUCCCGGGCAACAGGGGGAAAGAGCACCCUUCUUCCUCGAUCUCGACCCAGGAGAACACCCUUCAAACGGAGGCCCUUUUUUCGUCCCUUCAGACAAGGGCAAAGGUCAAAGACGCAACCUGACGAGUCCAGCUCUAACUUUUGAUCCCGCUUCAGGGCAACCAAAGACAAACUUGGUUCUCUUCCAAGUCUACCUCCAAGCCCUCUCAAGACAAGUCUCACACGGCAUGAAGGUGUGCCCCCUCUCGACGGGAUACCCUUAGGAGGUCGACUCAAGUCCUUUCGAGAGGUAUGGCACAACGGUAUUCGGGAUCAGUGGGUUCUCCGGGUGGUGUCACACGGACUGCUGAUCGACUUCACCCAACCCCCCCCCCCACAGAUUUUACAUAUCCAGAAUACCGACAAAGGCCUCCGACAAAACCAAAUUCCUCUCCGUCUACAAGACCUCGCCUUAGAGGGAACCAUUCAACCCGUACCACCACGGUCCGAACGAAGAGGCUACUAUUCAAAUCUCUUCAUGGUUCCCAAGAAGAACGGUUCUCUCAGGCCCGUCUUAGAUCUCAAAGAUCUCAAUCCCUUUGUUCGGAAGUGCCAUUUCAAAAUGGAAUCAAGACAGUCGGUCCUGUCGUCCAUAGAGGAAAACGAGUUCAUGACUGUUAUCGACAUCAAGGACGCGUAUCUACAUAUACCGAUCCACCCAGCUCAUCACGGCUUCCUCAGAUUCUACGUGGACGAUCAGCAUUGGCAGUUCGUAGCCCUACCAUUCGGUCUGUCAUCAGCUCCACGCACAUUCACGAAGGUCAUGGCGACCGCAUUGGAGGAACUGAGACUCAAGGGAAUAACUGUCAUUCCUUAUUUGGACGAUCUCCUCGUACAAGGUCCUUCCGCACCAGUAGCCCUCCAACACACAUCCCUAGUCCUAGAGACUCUCACCUCCUUGGGCUGGACGAUCAAUUUCAAGAAGUCGAACCUACACCCGACCCAAUCCAUAGUGUACCUAGGCCUAGUACUGGACUCCAGCCAAGGGAAAGCCUUCCUACCACGAGACAAGGCCAUGACGCUCCAGAGCCGAAUACGGUCGCUCAUGGGACCCAACGCCGUCCCCCUUCGGGCAGCCAUGCAGACACUGGGCACGAUGGUCGCUUCCUUUCCGGCCAUCCCAUAUGCGCAAGCCCACACCAGACCUCUCCAACACACCAUACUACUUCACCAACGCAGGGAUCGAGCCAACCUCGAUCGCAAGAUAAUCAUUCCCAGUCGGGUACAGCUCUCUCUACACUGGUGGCUUCAACCACAUCGCUCGACGGGCGGAAAAUUCUUUCCCCCCCCCCCAGCACUGGACGGUUCUCACCACGGACGCCAGUCUACGGGUGUGGGGCGGGGUCAUCGGCCAAACCACAGUUCAGGGUCUAUGGACCCAAGAGGAAAUGAGGCUACCCAUCAACCUUCUGGAGCUCAGAGCGAUCCGCUACUCACUCGAACACACGGCGUCGUUACUCCGGGGAAAACCGGUGCGGAUCCAGUCCGACAACGUGACGGCAGUGGCCUACAUAAAUCAUCAGGACGGAACCAGAAGUGUCAGGGCCCUCAAGGAAGCUCAGGCGAUCCUAAGUUGGGCAGAAAACAACGUUCCAGCGAUCUCCGCGGUCCACAUUCCCGGUGUGGACAAUUGGAUAGCGGACUAUCUGAGCAGGGAGCCGAUCGAUCGCGGGGAAUGGAGCCUACACCACGAGACGUUCCGCCUCAUUGUCGACAAGUGGGGGCUACCAGAGAUCGACCUCAUGGCGUCCAGGCACAACAGACAGGUCCAACAGUUCGUCUCCAGAAGCCUAGACCCCCUGGUCCACGCGGUGGACGCACUGGUGCUUCCCUGGCGAUUCUCCAGGGUUUACAUCUUUCCCCCCCUCGCUCUUCUACCGAAAGUUGUCAAAAAGAUAAUGAGGGAAAGAUCUCUCACCAUUCUAGUGGCCCCAUUCUGGCCCCGAAGGUCUUCGUUCGCAGACAUUGCAAACAUGGCGGCAGACGAACCCUUCCAUCUCCCGCAGCGGACAGACCUACUCACUCAAGGUCCAGUUGUCCACCCGAAUUAUCAUCUCUGGGCUUUAACGGUGUGGCUCUUGAAGCCUUGAUCCUACGGCGCUCCGGAGCCCCUCCAGAGCCAGUUCCUACCAUGCUCGCGCACGUAAACCCGUCUCAGCUAAGAUAUACCAUCGGGUGUGGAAGAAUUUCAUCUCUUGGUGCGAGCGGAGGUAUCUUGACCCACAAAAGGCGGGAGACCCUUUCUUUCCUACAGGAAGGACUCGCGAACGGUUUAGCCUUGAGUUCCUUGAAGGUGCACGUGUCUGCGCUGUCCAUCCUUCUACAGAAAAAGCUGGCACUGCACCCGAACAUCAAAACUUUCUUACAAGGGGCUACACGCAUUUUUCCACCCUAUCGCUGCCCCGUGCCUCCGUGGGACCUCAACCUGGUGCUCUCCACUCUGCAGGAGGCACCCAUCGAACCAUGGAACAGAUUCCUCUGUCUGCCCUAUCUGAAAAGGUCGCAUUCCUUUUGGCCAUCACCUCCGCUAGGAGAGUUUCCGAACUGGCGGCUUUGUCCUGCAUAUCUCCCCUCACGGUUAUCCACAUGGACAAAGUUGUCCUCCGACCCACGCCGGAUUUUUUGCCUAAGGUGAUAUCUGAAUUCCGCUUGAACCAGGACAUUGUGGUCCCUUCCUUGUGUCCAAACCCCUACGGUCCCAUCGAGACCAAACUCCACACACUCGACGUGGUCAGAGCUAUAUCUUGCUACCUUAAAGCCACAGCGGAAGUCAGGAAAUCGGACGCCCUUUUCAUUAUUCCCGACGGCCCCAAACGGGGCAACAAGGCGACCAAGUCGACAUUGUCCAAGUGGAUUCGAGCCAUUAUAUCGAGGGCUUAUGCUGUCAAGGGGAGACCUCCUCCUCUCCAGAUGAAGGCUCAUUCUACACGUUCUCUCAGCACAUCCUGGGCCUUCCGUCACCAAGCUUCAGCGGAACAACUCUGUAAAGCGGCCACGUGGUCAUACCUUCACUCGCUUCUACAGGCUCCACAUUCACGCCUCAGCCGACGCUGCCUUUGGGAGGAAGGUGCUCAGAGCUGUUAUUAGCUAUGCAUCUUGUCUACAGUGUCCCACCCUUAGGGGGCGCUUUGGGACAUCCCCAUGGUGCCUGUGUCCCCCAAUUUAGGCAAGAGAAAGAGAGAUUUUUGUACUUACCGUUAAAUCUUUUUCUCUUGUCCUAUAUUGGGGGACACAGGCCUUCCCUCCCGAUUCUGACACUGUUUUCACACUUGUUCGUGAUGUUCUUAUAAUGUUGUUAUUUACUUUUGGUCAAAGUUGUUCUUACUUUUCGAGGGUAUUGUUGCUCUGUUCUCUUCUGUUUUGGGCUGUUCUGCUCCUUCUUCGGUUGAAACUGAGGGUAAUAGGAGGAGGCAGGGGAUGAAGCCCAGGGCAGGAGGAGGAGUCAUAUUUUGCAACAUAGUGUCCAUCUCCAGCUGCAGGAUCUUCAUCCCCUAUGGUGCCUGUGUCCCCCAAUAUAGGACAAGAGAAAAAGAUUUAACGGUAAGUACCAAAAUCUCUCUUUUCCCAGGUCUUUUUAUAGUGCCGACCUACACUACUGCACCGGCACAAAUCUAUAAUCUGAAAAUUGUACUUUACAGUGCAUGCUUAAUUCAAAUUCUGAAAGGACUGCUAACUGUGAAAGGUAAGAUAGCACAGCUGCGGUUUUUAGUCAUGUUGACACCCCUUUAGCAAGUCAUGGCUCUCUAGGUAGAAUCCUGUGGGCUGGACAUAAUUGCCUAUGGAACUAUUUUAAUAUAAGUACUCCAUGGUAGCACUUAAAACAAAAAACAGGACAACUGAUUAGUAACUUAAUAGAAUCAGCUGGAAACAAUAGUAAGAGUAGCAAGGAAUAGUUUACAGUGCAAACAAUAAAUAUUCACUUUGUGCAGUUAACCUGCUUCAUAGGCUAUUCCUUGCUACUCCUACUAUUGUUUCCAGUUGAAUCUGUACCUGUGGCGGAGAACUGGCCGACUAAGAUAUAAAAAGCUUCAAGUACAUAGAAUCAGCACAAUUUCUCUUCUAAUGUGUUUCACACAUUAGGACAGUAUGAGUGGCUGACCGUAACAAACUGUCAAAUGAGAGCAUAUCUAACAGAUGCUGUAGCAUUCAUAGUACAUAGGAGAGAUUGAAAAUGCAACAAUUUCAUUGCUUUUAAAUGAAAUGUUUCUACACACUUUAUACACACUUUAUAAUUAACACACAGGUGUGUUAAUUAAAAAAAAAAUUCCACAAAAAAAAAAUUCCAUAUAUUAUAUAUAAUUAUAAUUAGAUAUACAAUCACCCCAUAGACCUGGUGGAUUAGAUUCUCCAAUCACACAGCUGCAUGAGGAAAGUGUUCCAUAUUUUACCUCCCAGUAGAGUGGCAAGUAGAUUUACUUAACGGCUACUUAAGUGGUUGACUUGAUUGGUCCUUCGGUGAAUUUCUUCCAAGAAUCCUUCCAAUUGUUCUAUUAACAUUCUUUUUUUUUAAACCUGGUUGCCUCUUCCAGAAUCCAUUUUAAUGUGGUAUCAAUGUGCUAAAAUAUUCUGUAUACCAAUAUAAUGUCCACAGAACUAUCCACAGUCAGAGGGGCUCUGGGAAUGAACUGAUUAUGUAAAGCAUGCACUAAAUGAGCAGUCCUCCAUAAAGUGUGUGUAAAAAAAAAAAACAAUAAGUUUAUAAUGUACAGACAGAGGCAGC